ACCUCCGUAAGAAAGGCAAAUAUGAAGAUAACAAAGACAUAUAAAUUUACCACCGUCAGCUGUAUACUACAUACCAUAAUCACCGAGAUUUACCAUGCUUGGAAAAAUCCGGAAUCAUCCACAAGUGUUGCUAGUAAGGAAUCUGAUGUAUGUGAGUACAUAAACGGGUAUAGGUUGAUGGGUAAUGUACCAUGGCAUACAGUUGACAACGUAUUAAUCCCUGUCAAUGUGAAAGAGGAAAAUCACUGGAUUUUAGUGGUAAUAUCAUUCAUUGACAGAUGUCUGUAUGUGUACGACUCAUAUCGAGCUGCAGGGCAUGAUGCCGUCGUUAGGAGAGAAGUGAACAUACUGGUUGCCCUUGUGCCACAUCAUCUACAAAUGUCCGAUUUUUAUGAAAAGAAGAAGGAUAUAGAUUUUCGUAAUCACCCCGCUUACAAAAACAGAGCACUAAAUGAUGAUUUUGAUGUCGUUAAUGUGGACGAUCUACCACAACAACCCCCUGGAAGCAUGGAUUGUGGUGUAUAUGUGGCAGCUUUUGCUGAAUUCUUGAGCUCGGGUGAAGGCAUUCCAGUCAACAUUGAUUCAAAGUUUCACCGUCAGAGAUAUGGUGCACUUCUUUGCGACUAUGCUUGGGGAAAGGCAAACCAGAAUGCGUAAAGUGAUAACGAGCAACCAAAGAAGACCAAUGUGCCUAUAGUUGAUUACGAUGCGUUGACUAUAGUAGAUGACGUAGAGUAGAUGUUGGGGUAGAUUAGAUGUUGUUUAGUUUAAGACAUUUUUUCAUGUGUUUUUGAUGUUGAACCUCUGUGUGUGGAUCAGUUAAUAUUAAUUUUAGACAGUAUCUUUUUUUUUCAGAAUACAACCAGUAUGGUGUUAUCUUUUG